AUGAUGAAGACUCCUACAUUGGACAGCCUCCCAUUACUUGUGAUCCUGGAGAUUUGUGACCAUCUAGAUCUGAAAGACCUCGUAUCAUUCUCACAGGUGAGCAGCUCGUUGUUCUCCCUUUCAAAAAGUUCCAAGUCCUAUUGGCUAUCUGCACUCUUUCGUGAAGAACUUGUUCCACUGUUACCGUCUCAUCUCCCACUGGUGGCUUUCAGUGGAGAAGAACUGCGGACUGCGACGAUUGUCGCCCUUAAGCGGGAACGCAACAUGAUGGAUGAAUAUCCAAAACUCAUCUCAUCAAAUCACAUCGCAUGGCCCUAUUCUCGAAGCCCGUCGUGCAGCACGACGGAAAUGCCAGCGUCGACGGUCGGAGAGACACCAAGCGAGGCCAUUUGGAUGCAUCUCACCCAUCCAAAUGGCCAAUGGCUGUUCAUGGUCUCAAAGAAGAAUGUGAUCAGGGUGCUGCACCUUCCCUCUGGGACUGUCGCAUGGGAGGAAUGGAGCAAUGUAAUGCCAGUAUUGCUUGAGGAGACCAUGCCGUACAUCUGCUUUGCUUCGCGGACGAGCAAGUCGAUCCAUACCAUGCACGAAUUGGUUCUGACAACCUAUAGAGAUACUGGGGAUGCACCAUCACAGAUACAAGAGGGCGAAAGUCUGCAGCCGUUUAUUAGGAUAGUAGACGUGAGGUUCAACUCGGUCAAUAUCUCUAUUCAGACAACGGAAAUUACUCGCUACCGCCUACCUUGGCGACCGGCACAACUUGAUAUAGCAGGGGACCAUAUCGCGUUUGUCGAGACGGCGUCUCCAGACAGUGUGUAUGGAGAAGCGCCUCUGCAUCUCACAAACUGGACAACUGGUCGUCAUAUAAAGCUCCCAGAGCUUCUACCUUCUACCCAAGUCUCCACCUUUCAAAGCUACCUCGUCUCUUUAGGACUAUCCAAGGGGGAUCCUGUUAUUCAAAUAAUCUCAUUUCCAACCGAGGGAAACGACUCUGUUACCCUGGAACCAGCGACCCCCAAGUCUCCAUCCAGUUCUAGAAGCUAUGAACUGGUUGCUUCCAUUCAACUACCAUCACCAAAUGGUAGUAACCUUUCCCCGUUAUACGCAAGCAUCUGUCAUAACUAUAAAGGCGCUACUCGGAAUCAAUUCCGGAUAUGGGUUCGCGACCAGUUCGUGGAGUCCUGGAGUGCAUGUUGGAGUGUGUACGAGAUCCCCGUGGAUUUUAGCCGCCGUCCCUUGGAAUGGUUUGUAUCGCGACCACUUUCAAGUACCGCCAGCCCAUACCAGCGUGCUCUCGACCAGUAUAGUAUCAUCCACCGUCAAGUCUUUGAAAGGCCCGAUCCCACGCGCUGGAUCGUAGCAGUCGGAUCUGGGAAACGCUUUUUCUGGUGGUCAUGGGACGAAUGGGAACUCUACGCGGAAGACGGGCCAAUGUCAAGAGAGAAUUCCCCAGAAAUAGUCGAUGCUGUCGAUGGAACGUCAAGAAAGGGAAAGUUAUAUAGGAGAAGCUUUCUCCUCUACAGCUCCAACCUUUCAGAGUGCUCAACGGUGGCCGAAUCUGAAUACUUAGCCGAUGACUUUGAUCUCUUCUCUUAUGCGGACGAUCGCUCCAUCGACUAUCCGGAGAGGUGCAUGGAGACGAGGAUCGUAGGGCUUACCGCUCCAGACCCUGAGCAUGAUCUGUAUGCGCUGGACUGCGAAGAGGCGAGCGGUGUGGUCGUCAUCAUAUGGAGGAAUGGAAGCAUUGACGUACUGAGAUACAUCUAA